AUGCUAUUCAAGAUUAAAUCAACACAAGCAGUGAAAGAGUGGCUUUUCCCUUCUCCAAUAUGUUCACAUUGCUUGUAUAUUUUGUCUCGCUUGUGUCUUGCUGUUGUUGUUGUUGUGAGUCGAGGUCUUGUGCUGACUUCGGAGAAUGAACUUGGUAGGGUGAGCUCACAUUGUUCACAAUAUUUGGUUUGUGAGGUUCCAUUCUGGGAGAGCUCAUGGAAUCGUUCGAUGAGCCGCUCUCACAUGACUUGGGAGGAGUAUGUGAUCGAGGGCUCUGAGUACCCUACCGUUGAUGGCUCAGUCUCGGCCCUCUGGUGA